GGAAACUAUUAGAAAUAAGGAUGAGUUUAUUAAAUCCAAAUAGGAUUUCAAGUGAUGUAAUUUUAUCGAAAUAUUCUAAUCAACCUAAUGUAACUUUAGGAAGCGGUACAUUAUUCUCAAAUUAUAAUGAUGAUUUAAAUAAAAUAAAUAGACAUGUAACAUUAAAAAUUGAUGUAUCGCAUACAAAUCAUAGUCAUGUAAUUGGUCGUUAUGGUUGGAAUAUUAAAACAAUCAUGAUGAUUACGCAAUGUCGUAUACAUUUUCCAGAUUCAAAUCGUAAUAGUUCAAUAAUUAAAAGUAAUCAAGUUUCAAUAUCUGGUCAGUUGGAGAAUGUCGAGAAAGCUAGAAGAAUAAUUCGAGAUAUCCUUCCAAUUACAUUUACAUUCGAAAUACCUUAUAUAAACAAUGAAAGUUUACGUAUAAAUCAGAAUUCACCGGUUAUUCAACAAAUCCAAAAUGUUUAUGAUGUUGAAAUUAUAUUUCGUAAUCAUUAUACAUUAACACCUUAUAGUAAGACAACUGUCAGUGUUAAAGGAUUAACAAUCAAUGCAAAAAAGACUAAAAGUGUUGUACAUAUGUUAAUUAAGAAAUACUUUACUCAGAAUAUGGAUUCCAUACCAGUAAACAUGUAUAUGAGCAUGGAUACAAAAUAUUCUUCAAUGUUAAAUAGUCAAAGUUCAUCAGAAAAUUUAAUCAAAUUAAUUUAUGAAACAACUGGUGCAAAUAUUAAUUUUAUCUCUUCUACUACAUCAGUGAAAAAUUCUUAUUUAUCACCAUCAUCAUCAUCAUCAUCAUCAUCACUAUCACAAACAAUUUUAUUACAUAAUCAAUUCAAUUCUAUUGAUUAUUUUUCUAAUUUUUCAAAUAUAAAUCAACAUUUAACAUUGAAUAAAUUAAAUUUAAACAAUCAUUUAUUCAAUCAAUAUAUCAAUAGGAAAUUAAAUCAUAUUCAUAUAUAUGGUAAUGUAGAUAAUGUAUUUUUAGCUAGACAAUUGAUAACAAAUUUAUUACCUGUUGUAUUAAUAUUCGAUGUGGAUAUAUUACAAGGUGAAUGGCUUGAAAAUUUCAAUCUUACUAAUUUAUGCAAAUAUUAUGAAGUGAAUUUAACUAUUCGAAAUAAACCAAAAGAUUUAGUCAAGUCUGUUGUAAUCAAGACGAAAGAGAAAAAUAUUCGUUCACUUAUAUAAUGUGGGAAUUGAUACAAGAGUUGCUUUCACAAUUUACAAAAAACACCAUCUGUAAAAUCAAUAAUUCUAGUUGCUUAAACUCAUCAAUUCACAAUAUUCAAACGCAAAGGUUAUGGCCGGACGAUCUUAGACUAAAUGAGGAAUCUACAAAGAUUCUAUCUUCUACAAAUAAAUUCAUUGAAGAAAAUAAUGGAAACUCGUAAAAAAAAAAACCAAAUCUAGCUGUUUACCAUUGAUGUUUAUAUUGUUCUGAUGUAGAUGACAAAGCGACAUAAAUUUUGAUAGUUCUUUUGUUUUCUCCAUAAAAAAAAGGUUUAUUUUCCAAUAUUACUUUACAUUAUUCAGUUAGACAAUAUCUCUAUUAUUUAACACAAAUUCACUAUUACAUUCUAAAAAAAAUGUUUCAAUGCUAAACUGGGUAAUAAUAUUAUUACUAUUACGCAUUAUGAUAAUAGAAGACAAAUGGAUACAACUAACGAAUCAUAAUGUUAACAAAUACAUAUUUUAUUUAUUUCAUUGACAUAAAAGUAAUUUUUGUCUUAAAAUUAAAAGUUAAGAUAUUGUUUUUUUUUCACCUUCUUCCUUUCAACAAUAGUCAAUAUUGUACAUUGUGUUUCAGAAAUCAAUUAAAGAAGGAAUUAUUCUUUGAGUAAAUUACCCAAUUAUCAUAAACCAUGACAAGUAAUAUAUUUUUCCUUUAUCUACAUAUAAACUCAUAAUAAUCAUAACAAUGACAAUAUAUGAUAGAAGACCAACUUCAAUCUAUUAAUAAUGCUUCUGCUGAGAUUUAUUUUGAAAAAUAGUAAGUGAGGCACAGAGAGAGAGAGAGAGAGCAAAACAAACAGAAAAAUGUGAUCAUAGAUACCAUCACAUCUUUUUCAAAUCACUUACUUACGCCUGUUACUCCCAAUAGAGCAUAGAACGCCGACCAGCGUUUUCCAUUCUCAAAUCAAUAUCAGUAAUAAUAGUAAUUGAUUUCUUCUAUUCACAUUACUCUAUAACACAAAAUUAUUCUUAUUUCCAUAAACAUAUAUUUUUAAUAUAAUUGUUAUCGUUCAGAAAUAAAAUGAUUGAAUUAUAAAAAAA